AUGUCGAAUAGCACUUAAACUGAGUAGACUUUUCAAGAAAAGCUUAAUAGAUAAUACAUGACAGAGUAUUUAUUUAAGGGAAAUAAGGAGAGCGUUAAAGGUAAUUACGCUGAAGCUGCUGACUCUUACAAAAGAAGUUUAAGUUUCGGAGAGGAUGUCAGUAUUUAUUAUAAUUUAGGAUUGAUGCAGUAAAAACUAGGUUAGACAUCAGAAUCUAUUUCUACUUAUCAAACAUGUAUUUAAAAAUUCCCUAAUGAAGCUUGCUGCUAUUAGGGAUUAGGAUAAUCUUAGCUAAAUUUAGAGUAGCUUGAAAAUGCAGUUUCUUAAUUCGACUAAUGCCUCUCUUUGGAUGAGAAAAAAACAGAGUGCUUGAAUGGAAAAGGAAUUGCAUUUUUAAAACAAAAUAAAUUAGUAGAGGCAGAAUAAUCUUUAAGAAAAUGCAUUUCCAAGAAUUCUAGAAAUGAAGAUUGCUAAAACAAUUUAGCUAAGAUAUAUAUUUAAAAGAAAGAAUAUGAACUUGCUUAAACACCUCUUAAUGUUUGCUUGGAUAUAAAUGGAAACUCAGAUUAAUGCUUGAAUAAUAUGGGUCAUGUAUUUUUAAAUUUAAAUCAAUCUAAACAGGCUAUUAGAUACUACUAAAAAGCUUCUUCAUUAAAGCCUAAAAAUGAAUAAUAUUUGGUGGAUCUCGGAAACGCAUUUAAAAAGAGCAAAAACUUUGAAAAUGCUCUUAAUAUAUUUAACAGGCUAAUUUAGAUUGAUCCUAGCAAUGAGACUUACCACGAAAUGAAAGGAUUUAUGUUUUACAACAAAGGCGAUUUCGAUAACGCAAUACCUGCUUUUGAAGAAUGCACUAAGUUGAAGGGAGAAAACGCAUUUACUUGUCACAGACAUUUAGCAAAUUGCUACUAUGAAAAAGAAAAUUUUGACAAUGCCAUUUAAAAUUACAAAGAAUGUAUUACUUUAAAACCUUAAAGAAUAGAAAACUAUUUAUUUUUUACAAGUUCUGUUUUUUUAAAAACCAAAUAACAAUGCAUUUAUUACAAAAACACUACCUAGGAAUUCUGCUUAAACUCCUACAAUAAUACUUACAAUUAUGUGACUGGCAAUUAUAACAGUGCUAAAGAUUAUUGCUAAAGCAAUAUAAACAAUGCUAAAAAUUAUGUUGAAACAAAUUAUAAUAAUACAAGGGAUUAUGUUUAAGGUCAUAUUAGCAACUCUAAAGAGUAUGUAAGUAAUAUUAAUAACUCUACUUCAGAAUAUUUUAGUGAUGUAACCAAUAAGACAAAGUCAUACUGGGGCGGAGUUUAUGACUAAGCUAUGCAGUAUUACAACUCCUUAUUCUCAUGA